AUGAUUGACUUAGAGUAAGCAGGAGGAGGAGGAAGAGCUGAGAUAUAAAAAGGCAGACGCGCUUACCACACCAGUAUGUACACGAUCCACGAUCAGACAGAGUCCUAAUCACGACUAAAACUGCCUCAGCUGUCAAAGACAAGCUUUGCCCUCCAUCCACUAUCCACCCUGACGCGGAUUAUCUGCAGGACAUUCACUGAUCCCAACGCAGUGUUUUGUGGGAUUACAGACACACGGAUCUUUAACAGCCGCUGUUGUUUGAACAAAACGGAUGUCAGUGUGGUGGUCAGAGAUGGGAGAGGGUCUGGGGCCGCUCUCCCCUGUAGGAUGGUAGCCGACAGCACAGUGGAAGGCCAUGACAAGACCCAGUCGUCAAGCUCAUCUUCGUCAUCCUCAUCCUCAUCCUCAUCAUCAUCUUCCUUGUCCUCCUCAUCAUCACUCUCAUCCCAGGAGGCCCCGCUCGCUCUCAGCCCUCACCGCACCGAGUCGGAGCAGCUCCAGCGUCGCGCGGCUCCGGAUCCAAACCCGAGGUUGCUGGCCGUCCCCUCCGUGUACCUCACCCACUUCCCCACAUUCACCUGCAAGGAGGACUGCAAGAUCAUCACCGACACCGCUGCCAAGCUCGAGCGCAGCGCCUUCUACUGGGGCCCCCUGGGAGUGGAGGACGCCCACCGCAUGCUGCGGGACGCGCCGCUUGGCAGCUACCUCAUCCGCGACAGUCGCCAGAAGGACGUCUUCUUCACGUUGUCCUACCACGGCAAGAGCGGGCCGGUGAGCGUUCGCAUCGACUACAAGAAGCAGAAGUUCUCGCUGGCAGGCAACGAGCGCUGCUUCCUGACACUGUUCGCCCUCUUGGAACAUUACAGCAAUUCCCCCAAGAAAAGUCUGAGCAUCCCGUACAGGAAAUGGGAGCCGACGCUGCAGGAGCUGUGCAGAACGCGCAUCAUGGGGCUGUGCGGCGGGGCGAGCCGGGUGCCGGAGCUGCCACUCACUCAUGUCGUCCAAGACUUCCUGUUGGAAUUCCCUUACAAACUAUAACCAGUUUGCCGUAUACAUUUUUCAUAGUAUUAUUUUUAAUUUCAAGAAGGCCGUUUUUACCAAGUAACAGCGAACAGGAGGAGUGUUCGGUGAGGCCUGCCCAUCACGCAUCGGAGGCUGCAUCGCUAUGGCAACACAUUAAAGCAGCUACAUGUUUUGAGCCUAAAAGCUGCAAAAUG